UUUUUGAUUUUCAGUCAGGCGCUGCGGGCCGCUGUCUGUCUCUGCUCCACUGAGGGGUCCUGAGCGUCACUCACAUACACACGUGUGCGCCGUGUUCUCAGUAACCAUGGCGGACCUCCAGAUGAAGCUUCUCCGAAAGAAGAUCCAGAAGCGAAACGAGAAGGACAGAGAGCGCAAAUUGCAGAAGAAGAAGCGGAAAGACGAAGUAACAAGAGAAGAAGAAGAAGGAGAAGAUGUGAGUCUGACGGUGAGCUCAAACGGCCUCGAGGAGGAGGUACCCAGAGAGCCAAAGAAGAAACAGAAGAAGAAGAAGAAUCAGGAGGAGGAAGAGGGACCAGUGGAAGGGACCAGCACAGAGGAAACUCAGAUGAAGAAGAAAGCGAAAAGGAAGCAGCUGGCUGAGGGUGCUGAACCUCCAGCCGUGAAAAAGAGCAAAACUGCAAAAGAAGAAGAAGAAAAGGGGGAGGAGGACACGGAGGAGGCAGAAGUAGCAGAUGACAAUGGAGAUGCAGCUGCUGACAAACCACAAGAGGAGGAAGAGGAAGAUGAGCCUGAGCUGCCAUGUGGACUCACAGGACUGAGCGUAGAUUCUGGAUCAGACUAUGUUAAUCUAAUGACCGCUGAGUCACUUUGCCUUGGGACACGGGGCACCGUAAUGCUGGAAAUUGUGCAGAAUGUCACCAAAUUGCUCCUGGAUCACUGGAAGAAGUUGAUCUUGAGGGCCCAGAAGCUUGCCAACGGCGUCAACAUCGUGGUGGCCACACCCGGACGCCUUCUGGACCACCUGCAGAACACAUCCGGCUUCAUGUACAAGAACCUGCAGUGUCUGAUUAUUGACGAGGCCGACCGGAUCCUGGAGGUGGGCUUCGAGGAGGAGCUAAAGCAGAUCAUCAAACUGCUGCCGAAGCGGAGGCAGACGAUGCUGUUUUCAGCCACUCAGACAAGGAAGGUGGAGGACUUGGCUCGCAUCUCCCUGAAAAAGGAGCCCCUGUAUGUCGGGGUGGACGACAACAAAGACAAGGCCACAGUCGACGGCCUCGAGCAGGGCUAUGUGGUGUGUCCAUCAGAGAAGCGCUUCCUGCUGCUAUUCACCUUCCUGAAGAAGAACCGCAAGAAGAAGCUGAUGGUCUUCUUCUCUUCCUGCAUGUCUGUGAAAUUCCACUAUGAACUGCUCAACUACAUCGACCUGCCCGUCAUGGCCAUCCACGGCAAACAAAAGCAGACCAAACGUACCACCACCUUCUUCCAGUUCUGCAACGCUGACUCCGGCAUCCUGCUGUGCACAGACGUGGCAGCUCGAGGGCUGGACAUCCCCGAGGUGGACUGGAUCGUGCAGUACGACCCUCCAGAUGACCCCAAGGAGUACAUCCACAGGGUGGGUCGAACCGCCAGAGGCAUCGAUGGCCGAGGCCACGCCCUCCUCAUCCUGCGGCCAGAAGAACUCGGCUUCCUGCGGUUCCUCAAACAGGCCAAGCAAAUUAAACCUCUAACAGAUUAG